CAAAAGAACAGAGGCGACAUUAAUCUCAGCACAUACAAAACAUCCCAACCAGACAAGCAAGAUGACCACAGCCUCCUCUAGCGGCUGGGUGUGGAACAAUCACAGUGAUAGUUUGGAGUUCAUAGGCUUUGCUACAGAAACCGGAAGUGUUUUGGACAAAAGAGGACAAUCACGUGACCAUAUGAAGGCUCUUCAGCAAAGAUCGGAAUGGUUAGCUGAUGUCUGCAUUUUGAACCAUAGAGGGCGCCAGAGCUCAAGAAAGAGCCUAAGUACAUCUCAUUUGAAUGCAUACAGAGCUUCUGUACUGCAGAAACAAGGUGACUACGUCACUAUUGAAGAUGUUAAACAAGUAGCAGUUGCUUUACUGCAGGAACAUUAUUCACUGCCAAUCCCGCUCCGCUUCACGGCUUUACUAAAGGGUAACAAGCUGGAUGACGUCUUGACUGCUCUUCUUCUUUAUAUGUCUUAUUACAUUGAGCACAAAUCUCAGGAGAAAAUAGCUCAGCCUUCAUUGAGUUUGGAGAUCAACACUGAUCAUCAGAAGAUGGCAAAGACGAUGGCUAAAAAGGAGAUUGCCCAGAAGAUCCUAGCUAUCCAUUACUUCAGUCUAAUGAUGGAUAUGGAUAUGACUCAGCAUAUGAAGCAUCCCCACACGGCAUAUAAUAAGGGCCAGAUUGCAGGUAACAGAAAUGAAUGGCUUCUACAUGCGUGCUUAUACAGUUUUUUCUGCUGUGUGGCCUGGGUGGCGUUCGGCAGGAGGCACAUGACCAGCAUUCAAGAUGAGGUGGGACGACUUUUGUACUCUGACGCCUUCAAUAUGGCUGUCAGGAAAAAGGCAGAGGAUACUAGCUCAUUUUCGAAUGAUGAGGAUGGCUCGGCGAUGGUGGAAGGCUCUAAGAGCAUGCUCCAGAGGCGCCCAGGCCUCAGCAACAUAUUUAAUCAGCGCUCCCCUCUGAUGGUGUGUCUGCUGCCCACACCAAAAGAACAGUCACCCCAUCUGUUCUCCGGCAGGCGGGCUGCAGCGCUGAGCCCAGUGCAGACUUGUCGACACUUUGACCAAGAGGUCCUGAAAGAGGAAGUCCACCAACAGCUGGUCGGUGUCAGAUUUGGGAUUGUGGGCAAGCCACUGAAUGAGUUCAACCCCACUACCCUGCUGUGCAAUGGAGAUGAGGAAAACAACAUGGAUUUGGAUGAUGAACCAGCGAAUGGCACAUGCUAAAAAAAAAAAAAAAAAAAAAGCUGGAUUUGGAUUUGAACCUGGACUAAAAUCUGAUGUAUGAGUGAUGUUGAGUUCAAGGAAGCCGUUCCUCAUCCACAUUCUUUAAUAGCCACUCUGAAAAUCAAAUUAUAGAGUCGUCACACUGCGUUUGUGACAGUCACAGUGAAGUGUACUGGUGCCAAACACACACACACACACACACCAAUCACACUCUCCGACCAGGCUCAGUAGCAGAAGGGGCUUUGCCUUCGCCCUAAUUGGCUGCAUAAUCUGGGACACCAGGAGUAGUGUUAAGCCCUUUGAGGAAGACAAGGACACAAAGCAUGGGAAGCUUUUGCAUUGAGGAUGAGGGAUGGGGGGUGUGGGGGUAGGGGGUUGGGUCCCAACAUUUGCAACUUAUACAUGCUCUUGAUUGAAAUGACUUUUCUGAAUAACCUUCAUGCUGUUCAAUAUGUGCACGUGUGUGCGCAUGUGUUAAAAUUUCACGACUGCACGCUAAACUCCCCCACGCUCUCUCACUUCCUUCCUGUCAUGUGAGAUGCCAGAAGUCCAUGGAAACACUGUAGAAAGACAGAGGUGCAGAAUCUGGAAGAUCUAGAAAGCUUUCUAUGCAGGUUAUUACAUCUGGUACUUUUACAAUCAGUAAUUGUUACAUUUGUUCACUUCCUGCUUUCGUAAUAUGGUUUAAGGUUUUUUUUUUAAUAAAUUUAUAAAUUUUUGUCUCGUACUUUGGUAUAUGGCAACAAAAUUAAAAAAAAAAACAAAAAAAACCUUAAACCAUAUUAGGUUUAUUAAGUUUUGCUAUUAAGCUUUGCUUCUUCCUACUCCUUUUGGACAUGUGGAACUGUGAACUGAUUAUGUGAUGCAUUCAAUUGUAAUCUGAUGCAUGUUCAAAUGAAAUAAAACCAUUACCAUUACCAAUUACCAUAGCAUGUUUUUGGAAUAUGGGAGGAAACCGGAGUACAAAUAAAAAUAAAUACAAAUAAAAAUAAUAGUAAAAAUAAAAAUUAAAUUAAAAAAUUAAAAAAUUAAAAAAUUAAAAAAAUAAAAAAUUAAAAAAUUAAAAAAUUAAAAAAUUUAAAAAUUUAAAAAUUUAAAAAUUUAAAAAU